AUGUCUCAAACUGCUGUUGCCGACUUUGGUCUUAUUGGCCUCGCUGUCAUGGGACAAAAUUUGAUUCUUAAUAUUAAUGAUCAUGGCUUCAAAGCGGUAGCAUAUAAUCGAACUGUCGAGAAAGUUGACCAUUUUUUGGCUAACGAAGCAAAAGGCACCAAUAUAAUCGGCGCUCAUUCGAUUGAAGAAUUAGCACGGUUGCUUAAACGUCCACGUAAAAUCAUGCUCUUGGUGAAAGCAGGAUCGGCAGUUGACGAUUUCAUUGAGAAAUUGAUUCCUUAUCUGGAGUCUGGUGAUAUUAUCAUCGAUGGUGGUAAUUCACACUUCCCUGACACUAUUCGUCGAGCACAAUAUUUGGAGUCAAAGGGAUUCCUAUUUGUUGGUUGUGGUGUAUCCGGAGGUGAAGACGGCGCUCGUUAUGGUCCUUCUCUCAUGCCUGGUGGAUCUCCAGCUGCUUGGUCCCAUCUGAAACCAAUAUUUCAAUCAAUUUCUGCAAAGGCAGAUGGUGAGCCAUGUUGCGAUUGGGUUGGCGAAACAGGAGCUGGUCAUUACGUAAAGAUGGUGCAUAAUGGUAUCGAGUAUGGUGACAUGCAACUUAUAUGUGAGGCUUAUCAUCUCUUGAAAGAAGGUGUUGGUUUUACGAGUGAAGAGAUUAGUAGCAUUUUUGCGGAAUGGAAUAAAGAAGAAUUGGAUUCGUUCUUAAUUGAAAUCACGACAAAUAUUCUUAAAUUUAAAGAUGAAGAUGGAACUGCAGUGGUGGAAAAAAUUUUAGACACAGCUGGUCAAAAAGGCACUGGAAAAUGGACCGCAAUAUCGUCACUUGAUCUUGGUGUACCAGUUACAUUGAUCGGUGAAGCUGUCUACUCUCGAGCUCUUUCCGCUCUAAAGACUGAACGUGUCAAUGCAAGUCGAAUUUUAACUGGUCCGGCCGUUACUAAAUUCCAGGGUGACAAACAAAAAUUCAUAAAACAAAUAGGACAAGCACUUUACGCCUCAAAAAUAAUCUCUUAUGCACAAGGAUUUAUGUUGAUGCGUGAAGCGGCAAAAGACAAUCGUUGGAAUUUAAAUAAUGCUGGGAUUGCUUUAAUGUGGCGUGGCGGAUGUAUUAUCCGAAGCGCUUUUCUUGGCGAUAUCAAAAACGCAUACACAAAUAAUCCCAAUCUCGAGAACCUUUUGUUUGAUCCUUUCUUCAAAGACGCGAUCGAGAAAGCGCAAGAUUCAUGGCGUCAAGUCGUAGCUCAAGCUAUGCUACUUGGUAUUCCUACUCCAGCAUUUGCCACUGCGUUGACUUUCUAUGAUGGGUAUAGACAUGCACGAUUGCCAGCAAAUCUUUUACAAGCGCAGCGAGAUUACUUUGGUGCGCAUACAUUCAGAUAUCUCGAUGAAUUCACCGAUGAUAAACAUCCAAAAGACAAAGAUGUUCAUUUGAACUGGACUGGUCAUGGUGGAAAUGUGAGCUCUACUUCGUAUAUAGCUUAG